AGACAGGACCGUCACCACCGCCUGCACCUCAUACCUGCUGCCUUUUGCUUUUGAAAUCCUCACCGUUUUCAUUCUUUACACUCUCAGUCCACGCAUCUUUUGUUUAAAAAAACAUGGUGGUGGCUGAAGUGACGACUUCCGAUUAGUUGAAUAUAUUAUUUUCGCACAAGGCUCGGUGAAGGACAACGGGAAAUAACCUCUGUCUCUCUCCGCACUCUCUGGUUCUGCACACAGUCUGCCGGUUGUUGCAAGAGACGGAAUGGCCAAUUACUUACCGUUUUCUAAGCUGGGAAGAGUUAUUGUCAGACCCUGGCGUUCAGCAUUUCCAGGGGUUCAGCCAAGGCUUUCAAGAUCUUCCAAUGCAGAAGCUGCUGUUGUUAACAGGACAACUAGUGGCUGCAUUCAUGCACCACUACAGAGUUUCACAGAAGAAGAGAUAAUGAUGAAAGAAACAGUUGCGAAGUUUGCUCAGGAGCGAAUAUCACCACUGGUGCACAAAAUGGAUGAGCAGUCUCACAUGGAUGAAUCUGUCAUUGCAGGAUUGUUUGAACAAGGGUUGAUGGGAAUUGAAAUUCAGGAAAAAUAUGGUGGAUCAGAAUCAACCUUCUUUUCCUCUAUCCUCGUCAUUGAAGAGUUGGCCAAGGUGGACCCCUCAGUGGCAGUCCUUUGCGACAUACAGAACACCUUGAUCAACACAUUAUUAAUGAAAUGUGGCACUGAAGAACAAAAAAGAAAAUAUCUACCUCGACUUGCCAAAGAUAUGGUUGGCAGUUUCUGUCUUUCAGAAGUUGAUUCUGGAAGUGAUGCAUUCUCUUUGAAAACUAAUGCAGAGCAGCAUAAAGAUUACUACGUUAUCAAUGGCUCCAAGAUGUGGAUUAGUAAUGCUGAUUUUGCUGGAGUAUUUCUAGUUAUGGCAAAUGCAAACCCCUCAGAUGGAUAUAAAGGAAUCACGUGCUUCAUAGUGGAUAAAGAUACUGAAGGUCUCCAAGUAGGGAAGAAAGAAAAUAAGCUUGGGAUUCGUGCAUCAUCUACCUGUGCCAUCAAUUUUGACAAUGUCAAGGUUCCAGAAAGUAAUAUUUUAGGCCAACUAGGUCAUGGCUACAAAUAUGCAAUUGGAAUGCUGAAUGAAGGCAGGAUUGGGAUUGCUGCACAGAUGCUUGGGUUGGCACAGGGUUGCUUUGAUAACACCAUCCCAUACUUAAAGCAGCGGGUGCAAUUUGGUAAAAGAAUAUAUGAUUUCCAGGGCAUGCAGCAUCAGAUUUCUGAGAUUGCUACCCAGCUGGAAGCUGCACGAUUGCUUACAUACAAUGCUGCUCGACUGAAAGAGGCAGGGAGACCCUUUAUUAAAGAAGCAUGUAUGGCAAAGUACUACACUUCUGAGAUCGCAGCCAAGACUUCUGCCAAGUGUAUUGAAUGGAUGGGAGGAGUUGGCUUUACCAAAGAUUAUCCCAUAGAAAAAUACUAUCGAGAUUGUAAAAUAGGUUCAAUAUAUGAAGGAACUUCAAAUAUCCAAUUGAAUACAAUUGCAAAAUUGAUAGAUCAAGGAUUCUAGCAUUGCUGCAUAACAUAGUAUGAACACAGUUUACUGCAGAUCAACAAACUGCUUUUCAGCAAUUACUGUCCAUCUUAUGUACUUUAUUAUAAAGUUUCACGAGUAAAACAAUUUCAGUGGUUCUAAAAAUAUUCCCCUGAACCACCUCCAAAUAAUGUUACAAAGUGGUGGAUUGAGUUCUGUUUUUGCAUUAAUAAAGAUUUUUUGCACAAUUUCUUUGGUAUCCAGAAGGUGGUUUGUAAAUAAUCCGUAUUUAUGAAGCACUACUUGUAAGAGCUGAUCUUGGUAUUAAUAGAAAAACAUUAAUUACUGUCUAUAUUUAACUAUCCUCAAAAUGAAAUUGUGUUUGAGAUUGUUUCUGACAUUGAUUACAAACAAUCUUCACUUUGUGGUUUUCUGUUUGCAUUUAAUUGUCUGUACUUUUCAUAAUAAACUGUAAAGUAAAUGCA